GGUGCACGAUCUCCUCAACCUCAUUGACCAUCGUCACCCAACCCCUCUGCCGCUGCCGCCCCGGAACGUGUUCCUGCCUAUAAAGCUAGAAUCCCGUUCUCUCUUUCUCUCGGAUAACCAUGCGGUCGAAGUUCAAGGAUGAGCACCCCUUUGAGAAGCGCAAGGCUGAGGCGGAGCGCAUUCGACAGAAGUACCCAGACCGUAUUCCGGUCAUUUGCGAGAAGGCCGACAGAACAGACAUCCCCACUAUUGACAAGAAGAAGUACUUGGUGCCGUCGGAUCUGACAGUGGGCCAGUUCGUCUACGUUAUCCGGAAGCGUAUCAAGCUUGCCCCGGAGAAGGCCAUCUUCAUCUUCGUGGACGAGGUCCUACCACCAACAGCAGCACUGAUGUCCGCCAUUUACGAGGAGCACAAGGACGAGGAUGGCUUCCUGUACGUCAGCUACUCAGGCGAGAACACCUUCGGCAGCGAGACUCCGUCAACGAGCGCAUGAAGGUGUCGGCCUCCGCUGUCUCGCACCUUCUUCUUGGACUUGACACGUUAGAGCCUGCGCGUUGGAGGGUACACGGUGCCGUCUAUUUAAUGAUCAAGGUCAUCUGUCGUUUCUUCUACGGUCUCGUCAUUACGCCGUAUCUUUACCUUUGCAUGGCAUACCCUACUCCGCGAAGCUUUGUCUUCCUUUGUUGCCUGUGUACUUUUAGUCCCUUACUCCUACUCCUCGAUUGGCUCACGACACAAGACAAUGGUACUCAUGUAUGAACACUGUAUAGAGAUAUUUGGAAGUUGCAACAGAGGAACUGGUGACCUGCGCAGCAUUCAACCACCUACUUACGC